CUGUGUGUGCCUGAGUGAGUGUGGCAGCGCACUGUCACUUUAAGCCGAGCACUCAGGAGCCGGAGCGCUUGUUCAGCACAGCAGCAGCGGCAGCUCCCACUCCUGAGCCAGACACACCAGCACAGACAGGCUCCCUGUGCCCCCAGCCCAGCUCAGCCGAGACCCGCUCCGGCGCGGCCGCCUCUAGCAGCGGGCGAGCUCCGCGCCAGCCAUGGAUCCGCUUCCCAAGGAAGGGGAGCCUGCCCCGGCGGCGGCGGGGGCCGGGGAGCCCAGCAGGGGCACUGCCUCCUCCAGCGGGGUGGUGGUGCAAGUCCGGGAGAAGAAGGGACCCCUGCGCGCUGCCAUCCCCUACAUGCCGUUCCCCGUGGCGGUCAUCUGCUUGUUCCUCAACACCUUCGUGCCAGGGCUGGGGACAUUCGUGUCUGCCUUCACUGUGCUGUGCGGAGCCCGGACUGACCUCCCAGACAGGCACAUGUGCUGCGUCUUCUGGCUGAACAUCGCCGCGGCGCUGAUUCAGAUUCUGACGGCUAUCGUGAUGGUUGGCUGGAUCAUGAGUAUAUUUUGGGGGAUGGACAUGGUCAUUCUUGCUAGCUACAAGGAACAGGGGAUUCCACAGCAGCUGUAAUGGCUGGGACAAGGGUGUUCCAAGAAACGUGGCGAGAGGUUGUGUUUGGCAGCUGUGGGCAGAAGGACCUUUCCAUUUUCACUUUUCUUUUCUCUUGUUUUUUUAAACCAAUACGUGCGUCUGUUCAGCGGAGCGGAGGUGCAGAGCAGCAGAUGGAGACCUUCACUGAUCCCUUUUAGAACCGGCGAUGAGGCAAACACGACGUGGGUUAGGACUGGCACAGCCAGCACGUCGUGAUGGGCGGCCAAUCCCGAGGAGGGAGGAAAACAUUGGUGGAAUGAGAGGCUGCUGUGGAAGAUGGCACUUCGGCCGGCCGUGAGAAGAGUGGGGAUGCUGCUUUCUCCAGCCGCUGGGUGUGAAGCAGCUGGAGACAUUUGCCCUUCUUGUAGUUCACCAUUAAAGGAGCCCAGCUGUGAACAUCAAGAUGAAGGAGAUAUUUAUAGAUAUAUGUCCAGUAUGUAAAAGCCAAAGCUGAGUGGUACCUUGUUUCCUGAGAGUCCUUUCUUGACUGUUUUGUGAUAACAGGGGCUCAGCUCAGCCUCUCCUACUGUGUGUGUUUAUGAUGCUCACUGAACCUCUGUCGUUGCAGAUGCUCUGACGUUUUGCUUGUGGCUGCUCUAAAUCAUACUUUACUGGUCACCCAGGCUGUGAAUAUGCCCUACCUGCUUCUACCUGCUGAAAGAAGAGAAAAGACUGGACCUGCCACGAGCCAGCAACAAACUGGUUCUUAGAAAGAACUGGGAUGCCGUGGUGUGACGUGUGCUUUGUGCGGGGGGUGGGUGGGGUGAGGUUUUGUGCUGUCUAAUGCUAACGGUUUAAACUGCUAUUUACAGAGACUAAAAUGCCCAUGAAAGAGACCUGUGGAUAAAUAGCACCAUAAUGUGGAAGUUAAUAUACUUACCGUGUGUGUUUUGUUGCCCAUGUUGCAUGCUAUAGUGGUCUCGGUCCUCUUCCCAGUGGACAAGUGCCCAUAUUUCAAAGACCACUGCAACAGAUGGCACUAACUGGACACCAUGUUAGCAGUCUUAGCCACAAGGCCAAAGAUGUACUGGGGCACGGAAAAUUAACUACCCUUUCAAGCCUAGAGUGGUGGUCCCUCCAGGUCAGGGUUGAGCCAUACUGAUAUUGUGAAGCACUGCCACUGGCUAAGCUUCAAAUAGAUGCAGCAUAAAGAAAGGGCUUAAGUCUCCAGGCCCCUCCAUCCAGCACACCAGAAUGAAAUUCAUGUGAAGACUGAUGGCCUGACGUUCAGAGGGGCUGUGGGUGCUCAGCACUUCUGAAUAUCAGCCCCUUAGGGCAUUGCGAACAGCGGACAGAACUGUGUUUGCCAGUCACUUUCCCUCUAUGAGAAGAUGAUGAGAGGAGCCAUUCAGGAACAAAAUCAUACUGCCAUUGCCACCCUUUGGGAACUAUCCUUUCAGCAAACUAAUUAAAAAGUCCCAUAGCCUUAAUCGAGAUGCAUCAAAACAGAGACACGUCCAAGUGCAAGACUCCUCAGUAACUCUCUCUCUCUCAUACACAUCCCUCUUUGUUUCAUAGGUAAGAGAACCAGUGGGAGAGGGGCUAGGGCAUGAAAUCCCACCUCCACGUAGCUUUCUAUCCAGAUCUCCCACUCCCUAUUUGCUUUUGGAUCAUGCUGUCGUUUUUCAGAGCCAACGGAUCUGUUCAC